UCGGCUAAAACAAGGAAGAAGAAGAAUUCGGGGAACUGCACGAGCGCGCAACCCCCUCUUCUGUUCUAGCCGUUCGCCUCUACCUCUCUGUUCUCUAUCGAUCGUCGGCCAUCACUCACCGUGUCUCCCUCGAGCUACAGAUCAGCCACGAGCUGUGCAACCCCGCUUUUCCGUCCGUCAAGCUGACACCGCCAUCCGCGCCGCUCGUCUCAUCCACGUUGUCUGGCAUCCGCGCAGCACCCUCUGUUCAUCAAUCGUUGAUGCGGCCGCUCGACUCACCAGACGACGACCCGCACGCCGACGAAGAAACCCAGACACGCCGUCUUUCACACCAUUCACGAGAAGCAGAUUUGAAUUUUGGAGGAGUUUGAGCCGCUGUCCAGCCAAUUGGAAGCGGCACAACGUGGGUGUUCCAGAAAUGUCUGCGAUCAAGUAAAUAGCUCGAUGAACGAAUGGAUCGGAUCGAAUUGGAAAAUGGAAAGAUUUGUACAAGUUAUACAUUUCAUCACCACUUUGUAGAAGAUCGUUAGGUCAAUCUUUUGUUUCUCCAGUGGGGCCUUAGUCGUAAAUUGGCUUUUGUCAAAGAUUGAUUAUACUUACAGUUCGGCUUCAUGCUUUUUUCAUAUCUCAGAGCGAACACUACAACAAAUAUGGAUUUCUUCCAAAGGAGCUUUGCCGCUGCUGCAUCCCUUAUUGUUCCCAUGCAACUUCCAUCUAAAAUGGAAACCCAUAUUUGGUAUAUCGUACCUGAUGAAGUAAAGAGUAAACAUCUUCAGAAACACUAUUUAAAUCUAUUAUCACCAAAUGAAAAGGAGAGUGUUAUGAAAAUACAAGAAGAGGAGCUUCAAAAAAGAGCCUUGCUAGCUCGUGCUUUGGUACGAUCGACCAUUUCAAGAUAUGUGACACAAUUUCAAAUUGAUCCACAAGCGUUGAAGCUUAAAAAGAAUAUGUUUGGGAAGCCUGAGUUAGAUUUUCAAAACAGCCGUGAACUAUGUCUACCGCCAUUGCAAUUCAACAUCUCACAUUCUUCAUCCUUGAUAGCAUGUGGAGUGACUGUGCAUUCUCCAAUUGGUAUAGAUGUGGAAGCGAAGACACGAAAGAUAAAGAACAACAUCAUAGCUUUUGCUAAACGUUUUUUUUCUCCAAAUGAAAUAGAAGUUUUAUCUGCUAUUUCAGAUCCUGAAAGUCAGCGGCAGGAAUUCAUAAAAUUAUGGACUCUAAAGGAGGCAUAUGUUAAAGCGUUGGGUAGGGGCUUCUCGGCAACUCCAUUCAACACUUUCACUAUUCAGUUUAAUAAAACUGCCAGAAGUUCAUGUCUUCCUGGGUGUAAAACUUAUGAGGAGGCUUAUGAAAUAAGCGUAGAAUCUUGUGAUGAUUUGGAGAACUGCUCGAGGAAUGUGACUUUUGCGCUGAUGGAGCUGUCUGGUUCUCAUUAUGCUGCUGUUUGCGUGGAAAAAGACACAAGCUUUAGAGGGAGUCUUCCCAUGAAGUUAAAUGUGUGGAGAACAAUUCCAUAUGUGGAAGAUGAAUGUGUUUCUGGAACUGAGGCUGCUCUACCCAUCAAUGGUUUUGCUCAAGCAAAUGUGAAUUUUUCCAAAACUUAAAAAAUACAAAUAUUGGAGUUAUAUUGAACACUUUUUGUUCUUCUUUGUUGAGUAUACGUCCCUAGAACUGUCUCAAAAAUACUCUGCCAGGGACGUUGGUUGUUAGUUACUCUCCGAAAUCUCAGGUUCAAAUUCCUAGUUAAGAUUAAGGGUAGGUUAGAAAUGCUGUUUGGAGUUGUGAGAUGUAAUUUACUCGUUGAAAAAAUCUAUGUAACUUUGAUACUGCUGUUGAGAGAAAAUGAAAUGGAAAAAGAAAAUAUUUGGGGAAGCAAA